CGCGAGAUUCUGUUUCAGGAAGUUCCACGUCAGUCCACUGCUCACUGGAGUCGCUACAUUUGGACUCCAACUAAUUUAUCUGCUCUUAUUGCGACAGCACGGGGAUAAAAUAUGCCUCUCAGGCUGGACAUUAAGCGGAGGCUGACGGCCAGGUCGGACCGGGUGAAGAGCGUGGACCUCCACCCGACCGAGCCGUGGAUGCUGGCCAGCCUGUACAACGGCAGCGUCUGCGUGUGGAACCAUGAGACGCAGACUUUGGUCAAGACUUUUGAAGUGUGUGACCUCCCCGUCAGAGCUUCCAAGUUUGUGGCACGGAAGAACUGGGUCAUCACAGGAGCAGAUGACAUGCAGAUCCGUGUGUUCAACUACAACACCCUGGAGCGUGUCCACAUGUUUGAGGCCCAUUCUGAUUACAUCCGUUGCAUUGCUGUCCAUCCAACCCAGCCAUACAUCCUGACCAGCAGCGAUGACAUGCUGAUCAAGCUUUGGGACUGGGAGAAAAAGUGGUCGUGCAGCCAGGUGUUUGAGGGCCACACUCAUUACGUUAUGCAAAUUGUAAUCAACCCCAAAGACAACAAUCAGUUUGCCAGCGCCUCCCUGGAUAGGACAAUUAAGGUUUGGCAGCUGGGCUCUUCAUCUCCCAAUUUUACUUUGGAGGGCCACGAGAAGGGAGUAAAUUGUAUUGAUUACUACAGCGGAGGAGACAAGCCCUACCUGAUAUCAGGAGCUGAUGACCGCCAGGUCAAGAUCUGGGACUACCAGAAUAAGACCUGUGUUCAGACUCUAGAGGGCCACGCUCAGAAUGUCUCUUGCGUCAGCUUCCACCCAGAGCUGCCCAUCAUCAUCACCGGAUCAGAGGAUGGCACAGUGCGAAUUUGGCACUCUAGCACCUACCGUCUGGAAAGCACACUGAACUAUGGCAUGGAACGAGUGUGGUGCGUAUCCGGUCUUAGGGGCUCCAACAACGUGGCACUGGGCUACGAUGAAGGCAGCAUCAUUAUAAAGGUGGGUCGGGAGGAGCCAGCCAUGUCUAUGGACACCAAUGGCAAAAUCAUCUGGGCCAAACACAGUGAAAUACAACAGGCUAACCUGAAGGCAAUGGGUGAUGCCGAAAUCAAGGAUGGGGAGAGACUGCCACUGGCUGUCAAAGACAUGGGCAGCUGUGAGAUUUACCCUCAAACCAUCCAGCAUAACCCUAAUGGAAGGUUUGUUGUGGUUUGUGGAGAUGGAGAGUAUAUCAUCUACACUGCCAUGGCUUUAAGGAACAAGAGUUUUGGCUCAGCUCAGGAGUUUGUCUGGGCACAUGAUUCCUCUGAAUAUGCCAUCAGAGAAAGCAACAGUGUUGUCAAACUCUUCAAAAAUUUCAAAGAAAAGAAGUCUUUCAAGCCUGACUUUGGAGCAGAUGGAAUCUAUGGCGGUUUCUUGCUUGGGGUGAGGUCAGUCAAUGGCCUGGCAUUUUACGACUGGGAGAACACAGAGCUGGUCCGCCGUAUCGAGAUUCAACCCAAACAUAUCUUUUGGUCUGACUCCGGGGAACUGGUUUGCAUUGCUACAGAGGAAUCCUUCUUCAUCUUACGCUACCUGUCAGAUAAAGUAGCUGCCUCUCAAGAGAACAAUGAAGGUGUGACAGAGGAUGGUAUUGAGGAUGCCUUUGAGGUCCAGGGAGAGAUCCAGGAAAUUGUGAAGACUGGACUUUGGGUUGGGGACUGCUUCAUCUACACCAGCUCUGUAAACAGACUCAACUACUAUGUAGGAGGAGAGAUUGUCACUAUUGCUCACCUGGACAGGACCAUGUAUCUUCUGGGUUACAUACCAAAAGAUGACCGUCUGUACCUGGGAGACAAAGAACUCAACAUUGUGAGUUACUCACUGCUGGUGUCUGUGCUGGAGUACCAGACUGCCGUAAUGAGAAGGGACUUUGGAAUGGCAGACAAGGUGCUACCCACUAUCCCCAAAGAGCAGCGGACCAGGGUGGCACAUUUCUUGGAGAAACAAGGCUUCAAACAGCAAGCGUUGGCAGUGUCUACAGACCCAGAGCACAGGUUUGAGUUGGCCUUGCAACUGGGAGAGUUGAAGAUUGCCUAUCAGCUGGCUGUGGAAGCAGAAUCAGAACAGAAGUGGAAGCAGCUAGCAGAACUGGCUAUCAGUAAGUGCCAAUUCGGCCUGGCCCAAGAGUGCCUGCACCACGCCCAGGAUUAUGGCGGUCUUCUGCUACUCGCUACAGCCUCUGGUAAUGCUACCAUGGUGGGCAAGCUGGCCGAAGGGGCAGAAAAGGACGGCAAAAACAACGUGGCCUUCAUGACGUACUUCCUGCAGGGGAAACUGGAUCAAUGCUUGGAGCUUCUGAUCAGAACAAACAGACUACCGGAAGCUGCUUUCCUGGCUCGCACCUACCUGCCCAGUCAGGUGUCCCGUGUGGUCAAAUUAUGGAAGGAGAGUUUAGCCAAAGUCAACCAGAAGGCAGCUGAAUCUCUAGCAGACCCCACAAAGUAUGAAAAUCUUUUCCCUGGAUUAAAAGAAGCGUUUGCAGCUGAAUAUUAUUUGAGAGAGACCUGCUUGGGCAACUCCAGACCUGCCACAGACUAUCCACUAGUCACACCCAAUGAAGACAGAAAUAUUCUUGAGGAGGCUCAGGGAUAUGAGCCCAAGGGCAUCGUAAUUCCUAAUAUUUCAAAGACACAAGACAGUGAUGAAUCCAGCUCGGAGCCAGCAGCUUCUGUGUUGCCUUCGGAACCUGAACCUGCUGCUCCCACAGCAACCGAUAAAGAAGAAGAAGAAGAAGAGGAGGAAGAGGAGGAGGAGGAGGAAGGAGACCCUGCAUUUUCACAAUCGCAGAAAGAAAUGUCUCUGGAUGAGUUGGAAGUGGACCUGGACAACAUGGAGUUGGAUGACAUUGACACCACAGACGUUAACCUCGAUGACGACUUCCUAGAUGAUUGAGACCUGCAAGCACUCUGCUCCCAGACACUCUUCAGAGCUUGUGUAAAUGAAAGAGACCAAACCCCUUUUCCCCUUUUUUGUAUUUGUAUGAAAAAAAUGUUAUAUUAUCAAGUCCACUUACUGCAGUGUCAGGGGUUAUCUUGGAGAUGUAUUAGUAACGUUUCAUUCUAAAAAUAAAAACGGAUCAUUAUCUACUCCAUUUUAUUACACCACCUAUUGAUGGUAAACUUCUGACAAACUGUCCACAUGUUAUUUACUUUAUGCUUUGUGUUGUCUUUAAUGGAAAAUCAAAGUUCAUUCAGUCCAAUAAAUGAAAGUUGCUAAACAUA